AUGUGCAGUGGGGCCCUUAUAUCGUCGCGCCACGUACUGACAGCAGCUCAUUGUGUACGAGAGACUAGGGAUGCAGAGAUCUUAUCACAAGACGAGUGCAGAAGAACAGGAUACAUAAAUACGAACAGGCUUCUUGCCCCACCCGGAAUGUAUACGGUCGCAAUUGGAAGUGCUUGCAAGCAUAUAAGAAGGCUGCCCGAAGAUAUUCCUGAGAAGAAUAGCUAA